AUGCCGACAAAGACGAGGCUGCUGGCCAGCAUCGGAAGGGGCUUUCGAAGAGGAGGGGUCUAUCGGAAAGAUGAGAGGGGAGAGAGUAGGAGGCAAGAGGGUUGCUGUGAACAAAGAGGUGAGAUGGCUAGUGAGGAUAGUUUUCUAGUGCUAGUACACCACAGAGGAUCGAUUAAGAGAAAAACUCAGUCUGGGGUGAAGUUCACGGAUAAGGAUCCUCUAUGUAUUAUCGUGAGCCCCAUGACCAGUUACGAUGGUCUCGUCAUGUUUCUUUCUCUUAGGCAGUUUCCGGAGGUGAGGACACCGGAGCUGUUGGCUAAGUUCUUCGACGUGGUAUCUAGCUCUGGUGGGUCGAACCGGAAUGCCAACACUAUAGCCACGGCGGUCAGUUCGAGCUCGAGACCUGCGGUUGCUUCUUCCUCCAUUCCAGUGUAUGAGGCAGCGGUCCAGCCUGCCGCCUCCCCAUCGUUUGCUGUUGAUCUCGCCGGCAAUGUUGGAGACGAGGUUGGAUAUGAAGAACAUCAUCCGACUGAAGUACAGUGUCCUCCACCGGCUGGUGUUGGCGAGGGAUUGUGUGAUGAUCCGGAUGAUGAUGAAGUCGAGCCGGAUAUUAUCACUGAUGAAAGCGGCGAUGAUGUUGGAGCGAGUGAUCCGAUAAUGCCUACUGGUGGUUCUAGUUCUGGCACAAAUCAGUACCCACCCCAUUUUUCAUCUUUGGAUCUGGAUGCCAUGAGGCAGGACGAACACCUCGGGCAGCUAGCUGGAUUUGGCGCUAGAGAUACCGAAGGGUCUGCCAGUAUGACAGAGUUCCAGGUUGGCCAACAAUUCCAGGAUAAAGAUGAGGCGCUGUUGAGUGUCAAGACGUACAGCAUCCGCCGAGGGGUACAGUACAAGGUAGUUGAGUCUGACUAUCGCCGGUACGUGGGAAAGUGUUCUGAGUUUGGGAAUGGGUGCACAUGGUUGAUUAGGCUGAGCCUCUGA